UAUGAGGAUUCGAAAAAACGCAAAGCUUUCCCCUCUUCUACAUACUUGUUCAUCUUCAUUGCUCAAAAAUGGUUCAUUUCCAGCUGAAACUUUUCAAACGCACGUUUGUCAGCUUAAUCAAUCUCCAUGGGAUGUGAUCCCCUUUCACUCUUCCAACUUCAAUAUCUCUUCAAUCCAGUUUCAAGAUCAAGAUACCUUAAAAAAUGGGGAUUCUUUUGGAGCUAUUGAUGAAAGUGUUGUUGUUGUUGCUUCGAUGAUGGAAGCUGAAGAUGUUGUUGAUGAUAAUAAUAAUAAUAAACCUGCGAUAGAAAAUUUUGAUAUGAUGGUGCUUGAUGAUAAUAAUAAUCAACAACAUGGUGGCGGUGGUGGUGGCGAUAAGAAGGUAGUAGGUUUGAAGAGAAGCUCGAAUGGCGGUGGCAAUGUGGGACCGGGGCCGCGACGUGGUAGAGGCCGACCGAAGAAGUCGGCGGCGGGUUCUUCGAGUUCGAAUAAUAAUGAAUUUUAUUAUUAUUCUGGGUUUGGUCCAUUGUGGGCGAAAAGAAGAAGUGACAAAUUUGAAGGUGAAGGUGAAGAAGAUGAUAGUAACAAGAGUGUUGUAACAUUAGGUGGUACUAAUAAUAAUGAUGAUAAGAUUAAUGUUGUUAAUCAUGAUUAUAAUAAUAAUGUUGGUGUUGAGUUUGGUUGUAGCGUUGAUGUUAAUGUUGUUCCUUGUAUUUCUGAUGAAGAGGAUUAUUAUGAUGAUUAUUGUGAUAAUGAAAAUGGGAAGAGAAGAAUGAGGAAGCCAGUGAAAGAAAGGUCACUAAAAUCGUUAAUGUGAAAUGUUAAGUUAUCAUAGGGUUGAGGUAGUUGUUCAAUGUUGUAUUGUGGAUUAUUAUUAUUGUUGUUGUUGUUGUUGUUGUUGUUAUUUUAAUUUAUUAAUUUUGGAUUAUGAUUAUGGUGGAUUAUUAUUAUUAUGUAUGAAAAUUUUGUACCCUUUCGGAUAUUUAGGGUUAUGUAUGGAAUAAAAUCUUUCUCCCCUUUCGGAUAUUUAGGGUUGUAUGUAUGUAUGUAUGAAUGGAAUGAUAAUCUAUUA